GCGCGACCGACCCACGACCAUCAUGGACUCCCUCCAAGACGUUCUCACCUGCCCCCUCUGCGCACAUACCCUCGCCGCACCGCUCACCCUCCGCUGCGGCCACUCCCUCUGCGCCGAGCACAUCGCGUCAUCCGACCCCACCGUCUGCCCCGUCCCCGGCUGCCAGCCCACCCUCAGCGCACCCAGGUCAGGGCCCACGGUCCAGUUCCACCCCGCGCCCGCGCCCACGACCCAUCCAGCGCCGCGAGCUCCCAGCCACCUCGGCGAUGUGACCCUCAACAAGAUCCUCGAGCUCAUCGACCGGCACUCGCGCGACGCCCCCGCGGACGACGAUGACAUGGACGACUACCCGCCCCCCUACGCAUCCCGGCACCGCGAGUCGCCGCCCACGAAGCGUGCGCGCACCGCCGACGCCGACGAGGAGGAGCCCGACCUCCUCAGUCAUCUCUCGCACCUGUCCUCGGUCCAGCGUGCGACGAGGCCGGACGCCGUCAUCCCGGACGCCUACGCACAUCCCCCCUCCAGCACCCGAAAUGACGACACGCCGGCGCCGCAGUGGGAGAAGGAGCUAUUGUCCGAGCUUACUUGCGAGAUAUGCUUUCAGCUGUUCUACGAGCCGAUCACGACACCCUGCCAGCAUACCUUCUGCACGAAGUGCUUGCAGCGCUCGCUCGACCACAGCGCGGCAUGUCCGAUAUGUCGUCAGGAGCUGCCCGGGUACUCGUACUUCCAGGAUCAUCCCGUCAAUCAGACUGUCUUGAGCAUUAUCCAACUCACCAACAAGGACCUUUACGACGCAAGAGCGGCCGCGAUCGAACAGGAGGAGAAGGAUGGUCGAUUGGACACCCCAAUCUUUGUCUGCCAGCUUGCAUUCCCCGGAAUGCCGACCUUGCUGCAUUUCUUCGAACCCCGAUAUCGACUGAUGCUCCGCCGAUGCCUGGCAUCUCCCAACAAGUCCUUCGGCAUGAUUACGCCUCCGCGUCCUGGCGCAGGAACGCAUGCCACCCUCCCCUCUUCCCCCUCUGGUGGUUCAUCAUCGGCCGCCGCAUCUGAUACCCCGUCAUCCUCGACCGCAUCCAAUGCACCCUCCGCGUCAUCUUCAUCCUCUACGGCACCCUCCGCGUCUACAUCAGCUUCAGGCUCAAGUGGCCCGCCCGCACGCCAGACCUCCGUCCCAUACCCCACAUCGCACGAAUACGGCACCAUGCUUGAGAUCCGAUCGGUGCAGAUGCUGCCCGAUGGACGGAGCAUGGUCGAAACCUGGGGAACGCACCGCUUCCGCAUCUUGGAGCGUGGCGUGCUUGACGGGUACAUGGUCGGGCGCGUUGAGCGUAUCGAUGAUGUGGAGGAGGACUUCAGCCGCGAUGGCCUGGAGUUGAUUGACGAAGACACGGAGGAAUUCGCACUCUCAUCCGGCAUGGCGGUGGACGCGCCGGUGCCCACGCGCAUAGGCGAGGGAUCGUCUUCGCGCGCGUACACCCGCUCGCCCACCAUUCCGACCAUGCCAUCCAGCACGCCACCCCUCUCCCAGCUUGUACACACUUGCCUCGAGUUCAUCUCCACCCUCCGCAAAGGCACCGCGCCUUGGGUCGUCCAGCGACUUUCCUCGACGUACGGCCCGAUGCCGUCCCCGCGCACGCACAUCUCCGAGUUCUCAUUCUGGAUGGGGCUCGUGCUGCCGAUCGGGGACGAAGAGAAGGCGCGGUUGCUGCCCGUGCGCAGCGUGCGGAUGCGGCUUGUGAUGUGCUGCUGGUGGAUUGAGGGCCUGCGCGCCAGCUGGUGGUUCUCGAGUGGUUGCGUCGUACUUUGAAGCGUUGCAUCGUUCAUCUUUGAAGCUGCAUCUGGAAGAUCUCGAUCACUGGGCGUCUGCCGGACGUCCGCACCAUGGUCCUUCAACGGCUUCGUCUUUCCUUGCGACGGCUUCGUCGUUACUUUGGACGGUUCACCGGCUGGCCUUCUG